UACUGAAUGAGCAUGCUGACGUCGAGGGCGUCUUUCACACCUCUCUUCUCAUAGGCAUUUCUAAUUUCUGAAACUGGUCACACAUACGGCUGGGCUUUUUGAAUCUCUGCCUGGAUUCCCUCGUGUUAGGAAGUACCACACACAGACUGGUCAACUCCAUCAAGAAAUAUGAAUGGCUCCCAGGUCUGCCUCUUGCUGUACUGUGUGGUACUCAUGGGAACAUCAGUACUUGCUAAUGACGGUAAAAUGAAAAAUGAAACUGGAAAGGGAGCUGGGGCUAACCCUAACGCAACCAUGGGACCUUCUGGAACUACACAUUUAACACAAUUUAACAGUUCAACACAUUUUCAGUCAGAAUCAACAACACCAGCUACCCUCAACACCAGAGAAACAUCUGGAACCAAUAGCCCAGUGAACACCAACAACACACCAUCCAGAGCCAACACCAAACCUAGUGCCUGCCCUCCACUUAAGGCCCAAACCAGCCCCACGUUCAGCCCCUGCCGCAGCUCUGACUUUCUGUUGGAUAAGGAGGAGGCCACCAUCCUGCUGAUUGUGACAGGUGCCCUGGUGGUCCUGUGUGCCAUCCUGCUAGUCUCCACAGUGGCGCUGUCAUGCCAUGUGUGCUGCCUGAAGCGCCAGCCCCGCAUCAGCAGCCGCCCCACCCGCAGCAACAUAGACCUGGUGAGUGGUACUGGGUACUGGGGCACUGGCCAGAGGACCAAGGAGAGGCCUGACUCUGAGCCCGGUGAGACCAGCCUGAUGAUGGCAGAGCUCAGACAGACCCAGGAGGGGGAGAACGGCAAGACAGACAAGGGGCAAAGGGAAAAUGAGAUGGUGAAAGAUACACCCAAGAAGGAAGAGAAGAAGGAAGCCACAGAAAAUGGGGUGGCAGCAGCUGCAAACCCUAGCCAGGGGAGCCCAGUCACUACCACCACCAAACAGCCUGCAGAGCCCUCUGACCCCACAGCCACAGCAGUCUCUCCCCAAUCACAAGCCUCUAGCGAUGUUGUUGUGGUGGUGGGGUGAGGGCUCUCACAUGGUGACCUCCUCCUCUGACCUUGGACCAGAAACAAGCUCAAACCACUGGUCAAACUGUCCUCAGCUGCAUACUGAUGAUGGGAACAGCACAGUUUUAUACAACAGCUUCUAUUGGCAUGCUGUAAAGAGAUUUGCUUUUGCACUGAGUGUUUGCUUAGAGUGAUUGUGUGGUUUUGUAUUUUAUGCUCGCAUUCUCAUUCAAAACUUAUGAAAUAAUUACCAUUAUGAUCAUGUCUAUACAAAUUAAUGUACCACAAGAGGUUGAAUAUUUAAUAUUUGUAUGAAUUUGUAUUUGUGUAACAAAAAUAGUUAUAAGUUAAAAUGUAUAGCCAUCAUCAGUGUCACUGAUAAGAGGAAAUGACUCCUGUUUGGUCUAGUGGUUGUAUCACAGCUUGCUUGUCACAAUUCAUCUGACAUUUCCCUCACUUCUCCAUUUUUAGACAUUCUCCAUUUUUAGACAUUCUAAAUUCUGCAAAAUUACAAAACAGAACCAACCAGCACUAAACUGUAGUAGCAGCUUAAGUAGACAAUUUAAAAGGAACUGUUUAAGCCACAAACCUCUUCCAGAAACACUCUCAAUGUUUUCCAACAAGUCAACAUCACUUCCUUGGUCUUUUCGAUACAGUAAAGAAGAGUUCAAAUGUUUCUGCUCUAGCUUUAUCUGCCCUUCCGUUUCCAAGCCUUUGAAACAAUAAAGAAUUAGGACACUUCCUGAGUGUUUCUCUGCUAGUGUGUCUGAGAGACAGCUAAUUGCAUGUGACUGUGCAUGUGGAUGAAUUACAGAGAGAGGGAGAGCGAGGCUGGGCAUUAGUAAGGAGUGUGUCUGAGGCAGUACCACCUGUUUUCACUGACCAGAGAGGGGAACUACAACAAAGCAGCAUAAUACCACAUUCAAAACUGCUGCACCGCCACAGAUCCGUUUUAUGUUCCCAUCCUCUCUCUCAGAUAUUUAUUCAUCUACUUAUGGCUGACAACAUGAUGAACGUGUGGAUGUAUUGCAUGUCAAGUCUAAAACGGGUUGUCCGUGAAGAGGGCAUAAUACUGACUACUAACCAUUUCAAACCAAAAUCAAAUGUUAUCCAUUACUGCAAUACGUACAAGGGGUACAUAACUAUUAUAGCAAAAUAUGAAGAACAUCUUUGUGCUAGAAAAUAAAUUCCCUUCCGUGGUGCAUUGAGUCAAUGGAUUUUGAUUGACAGUCCUCCUAAAUCAAGAUACAUGGAAAGAGGAUGGUGUUGGGGGAGAGAGAGAUUGAAGACAUUUCUUUGAAUGAUAGUGAUUAUGAAACAUUGGAGUCAGCAGCCCUCCCCCCGCUCCUCGUCAUCAGUAGCUAAGGGCCGCUCUGCACUGCAUCCCUACUCCUCUCCUACACCCCUCCCACUUUCCCCUCUACCUCCCUCCCUAACACACACACACACACACUCUCCCAGUGUUAAUGCAGAGCCUGCAGUGGAUGCUGAAGCAGUAGGAGCUUAUACCAUUUAAUGCUACCUGCAUCACUGGACCUAAAAAGGGCAGACUAAGAGACAUGUACUCUUAAUGGUCCAUCCUUCAGAGGAAAACAAAAGGGAUCAAGGACAAAACCAGGGGGAACAGAACAGUCUCAGAAGGUAGGAAAGGAAAAGCAAGAGGGCAUUAAAAACAGUGAAUGAGCAAAAAAACAGAAAAUCACUCUUCAGCAAAGCAGCUGCCACUCCAGUGUUUUAGGAGACAGAGGAUAGAAAGCAGCCUUGGGCUGAGGACCAUAGAGAGGAGAGAAGUGACUGGAAUGCAAAGAUGAGGAAAAGGCGUGUGCUACUGAUGCCCCCCAGCGUCCCUCCCCACUGUGUGGCCGUGCUAUGGCUGUUGAUGCUGCUGGGUCUCCAGGCCCUGGCUGUCUGCCCCCCAAUGUGCACCUGUAACCACAGCCACAGGGAGGUGGACUGUUCCUGGAGGGGCCUGAGGACUCUGCCCCUGGGCCUGCAGCAAAACCUGCACUCCCUCAACCUGUCUCACAACCGCAUCCACGACCUGGACGGCCAGCUGAGUACCUUUGUCCACCUCCGCACCCUGGACCUGUCCCACAACAGGCUGGUCCGCCUGCCCACCGCUCUGCCCAGAGCCCUGUGGGAGCUCCACAUUGCAGCCAACGGCAUCAACCUGCUGGACAAGAACGACACAGCCUACCAGUGGAACCUGCGGGUCCUCGACCUGUCCAAUAACAAGCUGGAACGGGUCGUGUUCAUCAACAACACCCUGACCAGCCUGCGCCUGCUCAACCUCAGCCACAACCGCUUCUGGACCGUGCCUACCAACAUGCCUGCCAGCCUGGAGACCGUGGACCUUUCCCACAACUCCCUGGUGCAGAUGCUGCCUGGCACUCUGGCACGGCUGUUCAGGCUGACCACCUUCUACCUGCACUCCAACCGCUUCUCCUCUGUGGGCCCCAGGGCCUUCAGCCAGCUCGGCAGCCUGCGGCUCCUCUCCCUGGGGGACAACCCCUGGGCCUGUGAGCACCAGACCAACAUCACCCACCUGCUGGCCUGGCUCAAGCACACCUCCACCCGCGUGCUUGGCUGCCCCUGCCACACUCACUCUGUCUGUGGAGAGCAUCCCCUGGCCAGGACUGGAGGGUGGCACUUUGCCUCCUACACUCAGCCUCCCCUGGCUGCUGGUACUCAGGAGGAGCGGAGCCACCCUCCUCCUCCAGAGGCCCUCACCAGGUGGCCUUGGUACCUGUCCGAGUCUGCCCUGCUCAACACCCAGCUCCACAGCAGGAAAGCCCCAGGACGCCCCAGUGGAUCAGAGGACCACGGCCUCUUCACAGACCAACACCAGUUCACCUCCACCCCUCUAGCCAUUUCCACCCUGCCCACUGACAGGUCCCACACAGAAAACAGCUUGACAAGCACAGACGACCCCUUCCUAACAGACACUGCAUUUACUACUGACAGCUUCUAUACCACUGACAACCCCUCUACCAUCACAAGGAGAACAGCCACCCUCCGCACCAGGAGUGUCAAGAGGCCUAACCAGGGUGGCUCCCCGGUACGAAACACCAGCCCAGCCCCCAGCCCCAGGUCUACACUCCCACUCCUACUGAACCUGUGGUUCUUCCUGACUCACACCCGGUAUGUCCUCUGAAAAUUGAAGGAAAUGUCUGGAGUUGGAGUAAUGUCCUUGUCAGACUUUGGACAUACAACUGCACAAACACACACAAAUGAGUAUCAUUAAACCAACUUUGUUGUUUUCUUCCAUUUUGAAUACUGUAAGACACUUAAAUGAACUCUUCUGCAUUACUUGAAUCAAUAACAAUAUACUGUAUGACAUGCACAGGCAGCAUCCAUGUACACUAACACUACUACCACUAUAUGGCCAGUAUCAUUAUUGGGAUACUGAACAAAUACUUUAGUACUCACUAUCUGCAUAACUCUGUUUUCAUCAUCAACUUUGAAUACUUAAAGGUCCAAAGCAGCCGUUUUUAUCUCAAUAUCAAAUCAUUUCUGGAUAAUAAUUAAAUACCUUAGCAUGAUUGUUUUCAAUUAAAUUGUUCAAAAAUAGCUUCUUAGCAAAGAGCAAUUUCUCAAGCAAGAAUUUUGCUAGGACUGUCUGGGAGUGGUCUGAGUGGGGAGAGAAAAGCUGAAAACUAGCUGUUCUUUCCAGGGGAGAAUGACUGCCCCCUCUCAUUGAGCCUCGGGAGUUAGAGGCCGACCAUGGUACUGCAGGUAAUGACUGGAGUGGAAUAGGUGGAAUGGUAUCAAACACAUGGCUUCUAGGUGUUUGAUGCCAUUCCAUUUGCUCCUUUCUGGCCAUUUUUAUGAGCCAUCCUCCCCUCAGCAGCCUUCUGCGCUUCAGGCAUUGUUAGCAGAAAACACGAUCCCCCAUUUGAGUGAACAGAAACAUUUUCAUCUUUGUGGUCAGUAAAUAAAAAAAGUUUUAAAGACAAACAUGGUUCCAGUAAUUGCUUCUAAUACACCAGAUGUAGGUCUUUGAAGCAAUUAUUUUAAAAUCGCACACAGAAGGAUCAUUUAGUUGCUAAUGGCAGCUGGCAGUACCCUAGUGGUCCUUCAAUUCAACUGGAGUUAAUCAAUGAGAGCGCUAUUGAG